AUGCUUCGUCAUUCAGUUCAACGAUUAAGCGCCUCUACACUCAGAAAGACCUCUUUCAAGAGCGUGGCUGCUUACACCACCUCCAUGCAACCCUCUGCUAAGCCUAUUGCACCUGAGAUUCAACAAGCUGAGAACCGUACCACCACCUGGUCCAAGUCUCAAAUGCCCAAGGCUGAUGCCAUGGUUGGACCUCGUUUCGAACAAACCGAUAUCAGCACUCAGCCCAACCCUAUGGCUGCUAUUGACCUCAUUGCCGAAGUUCCCAUUAGAUAUGUUCAUGAGCGUAAGGCCCAUUGUGAUGGUGGUAAG